GUCUUUUUAUGUGUCAGCUGUGGCAGUUCACCGUUCGCUCUUAUCAGGACAAACGAGCAAGGUCCAUUAGCAUUUGAAUGUGCGCUGGGGGAGGCUUGCACGGCACAAUACGGAAAACGAGAGUCCGUUCAAAUCACCACUGCAUGGGACGGUCCCGUAGAAGCCGCAAAGGAAAUCAAUAUUGACUUUACAGAAGCAAAGGCAACACAUCUGAAUGGAACAAAAGAAGGCGUGAAAAUCUCGCAGCUAUAUUUGGAAAACUGCAUUAUUGGUCCUACUGAAAGCACAGUGGAGGAGGAAGAGGAGGAGGAGGAGGAGGGGUGUCGGACCCGCCUGCGCAAGAGCUGCAACUGCGCGCGCUUUGCUCCACAACACAGCGUAUUUCCUCUUUAAAACCCGCUGCGCCGAAUUCCAAACGUAGGCCGAUGAAGAUGAAGACGAAACGCCCCGUCGGAUGAAUCCGAAGGCUUGUGGAGGAUGCUGCUCUCACCAGGCGCAGGUGUCUUCAUCCAAGUGGACGCGCAGGUCACAGAGCGGCAGCGACGCACAACAGCCACCGGACCACAACACCUGCUCCAAAGGGAAACCCCUCGUGUUCCGAUAACUGCUGGGUUUUUGCCUUCAAAACAACUGGAUGUAUUGCUCAUUGUGUCUCAUAACCACGAGAAUGUAGGGACCGUGGAACCGACGGACGCACGGCUCAUUUGGAAAAUACUGUAGUGACAACAAAACAAAACGAAGACCAAAGACUCCUCUGCCGGCUUCUUUUCUGAAAUCAAUAUUGUGCUUUUCAAGGACAUAAUCAUCUGCCAGGAUGCCCGGAGCACUGACCCCAGCGCAGUCGCUCUACAUAGGGAUGGAGGUGGUGAUUGCGCUCGCGUCUGUCAUCGGGAAUGUGAUGGUCGUUUGGGCGGUGAAAAUUAACAGAUCGUUGCGAGAUAACACGUUUUGCUUCAUCGUCUCCCUGGCUCUAGCGGAUAUUGCUGUGGGAGCUCUGGUCAUCCCUUUGGCCAUUACCAUCAGCAUCGGACUCCAAACUCACUUCUACAGCUGCCUGCUGGUCGCGUGCACGGUCCUGGUGCUGACGCAAAGUUCAAUCCUGGCCCUCCUGGCUAUUGCCAUCGACCGCUAUCUCAGGGUCAAGAUCCCAACCAGGUACAAGCGGGUGGUGACCCGCCGGCGAGCAGGGCUGGCGGUGGUGAUUUGCUGGACGGUGGCCUUCAUCGUGGGGCUCACCCCAAUGCUGGGCUGGAACAACCUGAAGCGUCUCCAGCAGAACGGCUCCAUCAGCGACGAUCUCGUCAUCACCUGCCAGUUCGAAAACGUCAUCAGCAUGGACUACAUGGUCUACUUCAACUUCUUCGGCUGGGUUCUGCCGCCGCUGCUUUUCAUGUUGGUCAUCUACGCAGAGAUCUUCUACGUGAUCCACAAGCAACUGAACAAUAAGAAGUUCACCACCAGCCACUCAGACCCCAACAAGUACUACGACAAGGAGCUGAAUCUCGCCAAGUCGCUGGCCCUGGUUCUUUUUCUCUUUGCGAUCAGCUGGCUGCCGCUCCACAUCAUCAACUGCAUCACACUCUUUUUGCCCGAGUACGAGAAGCCCAUAAUCCUGCUCUACAUCGCCAUCCUGCUCACACACGGCAACUCCGCCGUCAACCCAAUUAUCUACGCCUUCCGCAUCAAGAAGUUCCGCACGGCCUUCAGGAAAAUCGGGCAGCAGUACUUCUGCUGCAAGGACACACCAGUUCUGGAGAUUCAGCUCAGCGACAGGAAAGAGAUGCCCGAUGCAGAGCCACCGUCUGCAGCACCUCCACAGGCCCCUGAGAAGGAACAUCUAGAAUCUGAUCCACUAGAACAGCAGCCGUGUUCGCCCGGGCGGGUGCAUGACGGGAGAACCGAACCACCUCAACCAGCGAAAGAACAUCCGCCCUUAUUCGACCAAAACACAGUCUAAGCCAAGGAGCGCAGCGGAUGGAUUGCUGGGAGAAUAACGAUCAGUGUUGUUUUACUCAUUUGAAUGCAGUCUCAUGAGGAGUAUGAAGUGCUUGGACACCGUAGGGAAGCAGGGGACUUGCAUUGUAAAUCUAAAAUACUGGAAAAUCAUUCAUCUUUACUCAGGAGGGAUGGAUUUCAUAAACGUUUGGUCAAAACAAAAAAAGAAAAGCAAAAGGGUUUUAUUUCUUGCAAUAAUAGAGGUCCUUUUCUUCCCUGUUUUCAUUAUAUUCAGUUGGUGUGAAGUUUACAAAAUGUGCAAUAUCAUUUUUUCGUGGUUGGCGGAUUAUCAAACGUUGUACCUUGCUAUAGAAAGAAAGUGUGUAUGUUCAGUAGAGCAAGUUCAUUUUAUUACUGUGUGCUUUUAAACAGCCUGUAGCUGAAGAAUAUGAAUGUAAGUAAGUGACGGCACAAUUUUGAACGCUCGUCUCUUCCCUCCUCUUGAGCGCCGCCGUGGCAGAGCAAGUGGCACUAAGGGAGAGCUCCUCGCGGCGUGUAGCCGCGUGGGUGUGCAGAUUGAAGGGUUUUGUAAUCUCUUAACCUCUUCUCCACUGGGGUUGAGUGACUCGUAGGGUCCAGCAGCAUUGAUCCAUCGCAGAGGAGAUGGACAGUGAGAAGACAGACGCCGCUGGGUCGAAUGGCUGGUUUUAACCUUUUGAGAAGCUGUGUGCAGGAGACUCGCCGCUGCAGGACGACAUCUAUUCUCGUGGGAGAGAUACAAGAUGCACUUAAAGCUGGUGUUUAUCCAGCCUCCAUCACAGCUGGUCGUGCGAAGCUGUGUUUUUCCUUUUUUUCACAACCUACCGCGGCUUCCCUGGCCUCAUUCAGUAUUCCAAUUAGUACGGACUUUGCUUAAUGGUGUAAAAAUGGUGUUAAAUGCCAAUGACAAAAAAACUGAAUGAGAAUGUAGAGUCAUUGUGUGUUUUUAAUUGGAAAGACUCAGAACUUUGGCCAAGACGGUUUACUGACUGACUCUCCUGAGUGGGUGACAAUCUCUUAUGUGUUUUCUAUUGCAGACGGUCUGUCGACAUUUUGAUGCUCGGAUGACCGAGAAGGCAGAAACUUUAAUGCAAUCCACACCAAAGUGUAUAGCCAGAUGUACUGUAUAUAACACACACAAGGGGAAGGAAAGCAGUAUGAAUAAACAUAUGCUCCAAUGUGCACAA